AUGGCAUCAACUACACGGGGCAACAGUACCUAUCAUCCUGUUCCACGUUUCGACAUAGCAGCAGAAAAUGGUCCUUUGUUCUUGGGCGCGAUAUUCACAGAUCUCAGCUUUGGACGCGCUGCUUUGAAUCGGUCAAACCGUAUCGAAAUCCGAGACGAGCUGAAAUAUGCUCCAGUCCCCCAGGGUGGCUUUUGCGAAACAUGCUCAAAGGUCCGAGAAGGAAAAUUUGAGGCCUGGGUCAGAGCAUUCAGUGACUAUGCUCGGGGUUCAGCUGCCAUUUCGGGGUCUAGCGAUGCAGAAAACACCAUCACGUGCGAUGAGGUUCUGACUACUUACUUCGAUCCAGACGAGGACUACCUCAAUGCCAGUUUCGCCAUUUCCCAGGUCCAGCUAGUACUCGAGGGCUCUUCAAAAUGGACUCAUGUGUUCUACAUGAUCACCGGGCUCAAGGUAGCUAAAGGUUUGGAAUACAACAAGUCAAGUACGAGUCAGGGAGAAGUUGAAGGACAGCUCGGUGUACAGGAGCCACGGACAGGUGCAGGGGCUGCUCUAAGCGGGAACAUGCGUCGUGGAAAUAACCGCAGUCUCGAAUUCUCGGUUUCUGAUAUCGUGAUAGGCUACCGGGUCAACAAGUAUCGUUGUGUUCGACGGCUUAACCUCUUCAAUAAAGAGAGAAAGUUCAUAGACGAUGGGCUUGUUCAAGGAGAGAUGAUGGAUGAUGUGGAAGAGAGUGCCCCACAGCCGUACGUCUCUUUCGAGUGCUUACCAGUAUCUGGCGAGGAAGUUGUAUCGACCGGAGGAAAAUUGAAAGACAAACGGGUAUAG